GACUUCCAGAGGAUUGGGACCAAUCAUGAUCAGCUGAUCAGAACCUGAUUUGACCAGCUGGUUGAUUAGAGGUCUACUCCACUGUAUUCCAUCUACAAACCUAGUUGACUGAGUCAAUGACUUGAACUCAAGGUAUUGACCGAUUGGAAUUCUCACUGAUUGGUUGAUUGAAAGUGAGGCCUGUCAGGAUGAGCGGCAGUGGAGACGUUGUGUGUGAAGGCUGGUUAAGAAAAUCGCCACCGGAGAAAAAGCUACGACGUUACGCAUGGAGGCGGCGCUGGUUUGUGCUACGUAGUGGCAGGCUAAGUGGAGAACCAGAUAUCCUGGCGUACUACAAGAACCAACAAUCACGCAGGCCAAUCCGGACCAUUAACCUCAACCUGUGUGAACAGGUGGAUGCAGGUCUAUCGUUCACCAAGAAGGAGCUGGAGAGCAGCUUUGUGUUUGCCCUGCAGACAAAGACAAGAACUUGGUACCUGGUAUCGGAGUCGGAGGAUGACAUGAACCAUUGGGUGUCGUCCAUCUGUUUGCUCUGUGGCUUCAGCCCGACUGAUGAUGGCACAGAGGGACGAGUGCCCAUCACCUCUUCCCAUCUCACAGUGACCUCAACCAGUGCUACUGUCACCACAGAAACAGGCUCAGUUCUACCGCCUUAUGAACCGGUGAAUGUGCAACACCUGGAGUUUGAUGGCAGCAGUGAAGAAGACUACCUGUGGUUGUCACACUGUCAGAGCCGCAUCAGAUCUCCACCAGGUUCUUCUACGUCCUUGGAAAUCGACAGUGACGUUUGCCCUACUCUCUCUACCACGUCCUCCUUGUCUUCUGCUUCUUCAUCUCCUUCCCUCAUUCCCAACGGUGUACCACCUCCAUCCACCUCGUCUUGCUUUAGGAACGCCCCUUGGACAGUUGCCACAACAACAAGCCCUCUCAGCCGCUCACUGGACACCACUACCUGGGACAUCCAAAAACAUUCCAGCAGACCGCGCUGUUACCCCUCCCCACAUCCCAAGAAGCACACACUAUCAGACCUGCACCCUGUGGCGAUACCUCUAACUAAUGACCCACAGUCCAGCACCUACCAGAUCCCCCGUGCAGCAUUCACCCGGCUGCCAGGCCCUUCACAUCUGCCAUCUUCUACUCCAAGUGUGGACUCCUUGACACAUGCGGAGCUUCAUGCUUCCACACCAGCUCCACCUCUGCGGCCACCAAAGCCCCAGGUGAUUGUCGGACAGGGACAGAGUUCUGAAUCAGAACCUAGAACACAUUCCCAAUCCACUUCAGAGUCAGAGAGGCUGGAGGGAUGGAUGGAAGGAGGAGAUUGUGGUCCAUCCAGGAUGAACGCUGUUGAUGCACCUGGAUAUAUGCACACAAGUUGCGAUUCUCUUCACGUCCCUCAGUCUCUGUCUGACAGAGCGAGCAUGUUCGAGUUCAGUGCGAGCUUCAGCAGCUACUUUUUUAAUAAGGGGAUGGUACCUCUGGGUAGUGUUUGUUGUCAAGAUGAAGACCUGGACAAAAACUACGUUCCCAUGAGCGCUGCCACCACUGAGCCUCCUGUAGCACCAAGGGUAGGUCCACCUCCUCCGGCUGUGGCCUCUGAUGCUUCUGUCCAGAUGCAAGAUGCUUACGUCCCCAUGACCCCACUUACCGUGAGCAAAGCUCACCCAACCUCUACCACUGGGGAGCUUUUGUCCUUGGGGAGGCAGGUGCCUCCACCGGCCCACAUGGGGUUCCGUAACUCUCCUCUGACAGCCGUAGCUCCUGUAACAGCGCCAGUCCAACGGAACCACACGAACACCUCCACUGGCAUGGGUGUGGAAGCCACACCGCCUCCAGUCCACCGCAACCUCAAACCACAGCGACAAGGAGCUUGUGUUGGUCAGAAUGUGGAGAAAAGCAACUUUCACACUUCAGGAGAGUCGACACACAAACCCAAAGGUACAAGAGCCUUAAAAGUGAGACCAGCUCCUCUGAACAUCACACCAGUGCAAGAGGACUGGAAUGAAGUCCCGCCUCCUGUCCGCUCACCUGUCACUCGAACCUUCACAAGACAUCCCUCCAGUCGUCAAUCAGUCAAAGCUGGCUCCUCCCACAGUUCAUCCCCCUCUUCUGAUUCUGAUGAUCCUGAUGACAACUAUGUUGCCAUGACGACUUCCAAUCUCAGCUUCAGUGCCGGCGAGUCGUCGUUGAGGAUCUUGUUGCAUCGAGCGUCAGAGGGAGGUGUCAGCAGCCCGUUGCCACGGCGACCCAAAAGUGAGAAACAGGUGGAGUACCUUGACCUCGACCUUCACACCAAGCGAUCAACACCGCCGAGACAGAAAUGCUGCACGACAGAGGGCGGAGUCAACAGCAACAAGCAGCUCGGAGCAAACGAGGAGCACACGCAUGCACGUGUGGACUAUGUGGUGGUGGAUCCCAAAAAGACCAAGGCCCUGAGGAACACCAGAGAAGCAUGGCAUGAUGGGAGGAUGUCCACGGAGAAGGGGAAAUGUUAAAGAUCACGUACACACUCACUGAAGUCACGAGAGGUCAAAAAAAAUUGUUAUAUUUUGGUAACGUGACACGAUGCCAAAAUCAUAUUUUAAAAAAAGUCUCCUAACUCUGCCCAUUUAUACAA